GCCAUAUGCGAUCUGCGAGCAUAUGCGAUCUGCAAGCAUAUGCCAUAUGCGAUCUGCAAGCAUAUGCCAAAUGCAAGCAUAUGCGAUCUGCAAGCAUAUGCGAUAUGCAAGCAUAUGCGAUAUGCGAUCUGCAAGCAUAUGCCAUAUGCCAUAUGCGAUCUGCAAGCAUAUGCGAUCUGCAAGCAUAUGCGAUCUGCAAGCAUAUGCGAUCUGCAAGCAUAUGUGAUCUGCAAAUAUGCCAUAUGCGAUCUGCAAGCAUAUGUGAUCUGCAAAUAUGCCAUAUGCGAUCUGCAAGCAUAUGCGAUCUGCAAACAUAUGCGACCUGCAAGCAUAUGCGACCUGCAAGCAUAUGCCAUAUGCGAUCUGCAAGCAUAUGCCAUAUGCGAUCUGCAAGCAUAUGCCAUAUGCGAUCUACAAGCCUAUGCCGUCUGCAAGCAUAUGCGAUCUGCAAGCAUAUGC